AUGCAGUUUAACACUCCAAGAUGUCCAGAGUUGACUGAGAUACCAGAAGUCAAGAAAGCAAACAUAUGCUUAUCAGCCGCUGAAGCCAUGAAACCCGACGCAACCUUCACCCAAAAGUUCUCCUCGUUCACGAGGUUCAGAAGAGUGAUCGCGUACUGUCUGCGGUUUGUUGCCAACGCGAGACUCAAAGGUUUUCAGUCGCAUCUGAGAAGGAUUGGAGCAUUAUCAGUGCAGGAAAUAGAGGAUAGCACACUAGUCAUUAUCAAACAGGUCCAAGCCGCAGAAUUUGCUGACGAAUUGGGAUGCCUCCAAGCUGGACUUCAAAUAAAUCACAAAAGUAAACUACGAGAUUUGUAUCCCUUCCUAGACUCAAAGGAUCGCAUUAGAGUAGGAGGGAGACUCAGUCGUGCUCCGCAAGUGCCAUAUCAGCAAAAGCAUCCGAUAGUGUUGCCGGGGAAUCAUCAUAUCACCGAGCUACUUAUAAGACAUGAACAUUAUCGAAAUUUACACGCUGGACAGAGUGCUGUCUUGACCGCUCUGCGUAUGCAAUAUUGGCUAUUAUCCGGGAGAAGCGCCGUUCGAAGGGUCCUAAGGAAAUGCAUUGUAUGUUUCCGCUCUCGGCCAACUGGCACUAAGCAAUUGAUGGGUGACUUGCCUCUUUAUCGGAUAACACAAGCUCGACCGUUUCUCAACGUCGGAGUCGACUACGCUGGACCAUUUCAAGUGAAGCUCUCUAGAAACAAAACUACGAAGGCAUACGUAUGUCUCUUCGUAUGUCUUGCGGUUAAAGCCGUACACCUAGAGCUAGUAAACGAUCAAAGCUCUUCAUGUUUCCUUAACGCCUUUAAGCGCUUCAUCGCGAGACGCGGACUCUGUGCUAAUUUGUAUUCUGAUAACGGUACAAACUUCGUGGGCGCCAAUAAUGCGCUCAACGAGUUGACAGAAUUUUUAUUACAAAGAAGCACGCAAGACGACAUAAAAACUUAUCUUUCCGAACAAGCCAUCAGUUGGCAUUUCAUACCGGCCUAUUCCCCGCAUAUGGGAGGCCUUUGGGAGGCCGCAAUCAAAUCAGCAAAGACACACAUGCACAAGGUAAUAGGGCCGACCACAUUAACAUUUGAAGAAUUGUAUACGGUAUUAACACAAAUCGAGGCCUGCAUGAAUUCUCGUCCCCUUACCGUUAUGUCACAGGAUAUAAACGACUUAAACGUUUUAACAUCCGGUCAUUUUAUCAUUGGCGAGCCGCUCACUGCGAUUCCAGAGCGGGAUGUAUCAGACGUCAUAAGUAACAAGGCUGAAUAG